AACUUCGCAUUUGACAGCUCAAAUAGUAGUGUCUUCCCUGGAUUGAACUGUCUUCAGAGAAACUUCCUUUGCAAUAGGAAUACUCCACGCUAUGCAAAAUUUGCAAUCAAGUGUGGUGGUAAACAGAUGAUAGCUGAUAACAUAGUCUAUGAGACUGAGAACUCAUCUUUUAGUGCAGCUUCAUUUAAUGUAACGAGUACAGAAAAAUGGGCAGUUAGUAAUGUGGGGUUGUUUUCUGAUAGAGAAGAUCCAUCAUACGUGCAAAAUACACUUGCACAAGUGACCGGAACCCGAACGCCAGAGCUUUAUCAGACUUCAAGACUAUCCCCUGGAUCACUUAGAUACUAUGGCCUUGGUCUUGAGAAUGGCCUUUAUAAUAUAAGCUUGUUAUUUGCCGAAACAGUUUUUGAUGAUCGAAGCUCACAAACAUGGAAGAGCCUUGGUAGGCGUGUUUUUGAUAUCUAUAUUCAGGGAACUCUCAAGUUAAAGGUUUUUGAUAUAUCAAAGGAGGCAGGCGGUGUUAACAGAGCAAUUACAAAGAAUUUCAAUGCUAUUGUGUCUGAGAACCAUCUUGAAAUUCACCUAUUUUGGGCUGGUAAAGGUACUUGCUGCAUACCUAAACAAGGUGAUUAUGGACCAUCAAUUUCGGCUCUUAGCGUCGUUCCAGAUUUUGUACCAACUGUGAGCGGAAUACCGCCAAAUGCUAUACACAAAAAGAACCGGACAGGGUUAAUUGUUGGUGUUGCAGUCCCUCUGGGAAUUCUGGUCUUCAUACUGAUAUUUACAGUUUUUUUCAUAAGGAAAAAAGAUGAUUAUGAUCAGGAAGUGCUACAAGCGAUAGGUCCUAAACGAAACACUUUCAGUUAUGCUGAGUUGAGAUAUGCAACAAAUGACUUCGACUCUUCAAAUAAGCUCGGAGAGGGAGGAUUUGGACCUGUAUACAAGGGUACACUUUCGGAUGAAAGAAUAAUAGCUGUGAAGCAACUUUCAGUGGGAUCUCACCAAGGGAAAGAUCAGUUUAUAAAUGAGAUCGCCACCAUCUCUGCAGUGCAACAUCGUAAUCUUGUGAGACUAUAUGGUUGUUGCAUUGAAGGAACGAAGUGCCUCCUUGUUUAUGAAUACCUCGAAAACAAAAGCCUUGAUCAAGUGUUGUUCGGAAAUAGUGAGUUGCAUCUUGAUUGGCCUACCCGGUUUAGUGUAUGCAUGGGAACGGCAAGAGGUCUAGCUUAUCUUCAUGAGGAAUCAAGACCAAAGAUUGUACAUCGAGAUGUUAAAGCAAGUAAUAUCUUACUUGAUGCCGAACUCUGCCCCAAAAUUUCAGAUUUCGGAUUGGCAAAGUUGUACGAUGACAAGAUAAGUCACAUCAGCACCAGAGUUGCAGGCACCAUAGGCUAUUUGGCGCUAGAGUAUGCAAUGCGUGGACACCUGACAGAAAAGGCUGAUGUAUUCAGUUUUGGUGUUCUUGCUUUGGAGAUUAUCAGUGGAAGAGCAAACUCUGACAAUAGAUUGGACACUGAAAAAAUUUAUCUUCUUGAAUGGGCAUGGAAUCUUCAUGAAAAUAACCGAAGUUUGGGGUUGGUCGAUCCCACAUUAACCGAAUUUAAUGAAAUUGAAGCUCUUCGAAUAAUUGGAGUUGGGCUGUUGUGCACUCAGGCAUCACCAAUGUUGCGGCCACCCAUGUCAAGAGUUGUGGCCAUGCUUGCUGGAGACAUAGAAGUGGGCAUUGUUACUUCCAAGCCAAGUUAUUUGACUGACUGGGAUUUUAAGGACAUAACAAGUGACUUUGUUAAUAAUGAAGAUAGUGUUGCAACUUCAUCUGAAAAAAGCUAUGGGAAUAAGAAAAGUGAAUCUAACAAUCCAACUGUUCUUCGCCAUGGAGUUGAUCCAUUGCUCUCCCCAGGAGAUGUCACUCAGUUCACUGACAUAAUAUCAGAUGGGAGGUGAAAAGAAGUCAUAAUUAAUAUAUGUUGGCACAUUUUCAGCUGCAAACAACAAUAAGACUUGUAAUAUUUGGGAAGUUAUCAAAGUUGUAUUAAGAAUAUGAGACAAUUUAUAGAAUAUUAGGAUCAUUAUACUGAACGGAGUUUAGCUGUAAGUUCACUUUGGUUUCUUCUUUUUUUGUUGCACUUGUAGCCCUUGAGAUUGCAGAGCUUAUGUUUCAGCAACUUUGUUUGCAGCUUAGAAGUGGACCUUUAAAUGAAAGGUUCACAGUUCAAUGUUGGACACCAAUCAGUUAGAUGUAAUUAUUUUUUAAUGUCAAGUCAACAAUCUAUAUCUUUA